AUAAAAAAGAAAGACGCACAUGUUUGUUCUGUUGUUGAGACUGAAUGAGUUUGUCAUUUGUCUUGUUUCUGAUGUGAAAUCCUGGACCAGAGUGAGGAGUUGUAAUGACAGCACAGUGAGCUCUGUGGUCACAUUAACACCUGUGUACAGUCAGUGAUGUGUCAGUGAUGUGCAGCAACAGACAGGAUGCAGUCCUCCAUCUCUAUGCUAACCGUGUGCUGCCUGUUGCUCCUCGGCUCCUCCUCCUCUCCCCUUUAAAACCUCCCACUGUGCGGAAAACCACACGGCAGCCCGAGCCGAGCCGUCGAUCAAUUAUCUGUGGGCCGCGGGGGCCGACGGGAGGUCUGAGGACCUGUUAGAAACCACGUGGGCCUCGUCUGAUCCGGCAGCUCGUCCUGGUUUGGCCUCGGCUGCAUCGGAGCGCCACUUCUCCCCAGGUUCACCAGAGGAAACACCACUGCACAAAAUGCUUUUCCUCCCAGCUGCUGCUCUGUGCUGUCUGUGUUCAGCGCUGGCUGCCAUGGCAGCACAGCUGACUCAGGACCAGUUAUCACUGACCAGAAGAGUCAGUCAAAGCGUCUCCUUCAGCUGUGGAGGAACUGACCAGUGUUACGACAAUGAUGUCUACUGGUAUCAGAAGAAAGACACAGAAACAUUCAGAAGGAUUCUUUAUCUCAGGAGGAGUAGUUGUAGCAUAAGCUACAGGUAUGAUCAUCCUCAGAAAAAUGAUUUCUCAGUUGUGAGAGAACAGAACGGCUGUGAGUUGAAGAUCCAGACAGUUAAGCUCCUUCAUUCAGCCACCUACUACUGUGCCUGUUGGAAGAGUGGUGCCGGAUAUUGGUACUUGAUCUUUGGCUCUGGAACUAAACUGUAUGUAACAGAUGAGGAGGUAGUGAAGCCCGUGGUGAGCGUGUACCCAGCAGCCCACCUGGACAGGAAGGGCUCCCUGCUGUGUGUGGCCUCACACAUGUUUCCUCCUCGGGUCAAGAUCUCCUGGAAAAGACGAAAGAAGACUGAGACUGUGGAGAAGGUCCUGCCUCACGAGGGAGAUCAGCUGAAACUCAAAGAGUCGGGAUGCACUGCCGCCAUCAGACUGGUUGACGAUCUGGACACAUAUAAAUACCGCUGUUACAUCGAGCACGAGGGGGGCACAGUGGAGGCCCAAACAGAACAAGAGCUUCCUGCUCUUCCACCAACAGUACCUCCAUCGCUUCCAUCCACCACACCUCCACCACCACCAGCUACUCCAUCCCUUAAACCAACAGCAGCUCCAUCCCUUCCACCAACAGCAAGUCCAUCCCUUCCACCAACAGCAGUUCCAUCAUUUCCACCAUCAACACCUCCAACAGAUUUUCUCCAGUCUCAGUGCAGGGUGAAGCUGCUCUGUGUGCUCUACACAGUGCUGAUAGUGAAGAGUCUGGUGUACUGCUAUGGACUCUCUCUGCUGAUGAUCCUCAGAAACAAGGGACCGUCCACCAGCUGCACACAUGCUGACUGACUGUUUUCUGCUCACCUUUUCUCACCAUCAAAUCUCAACAAUUGAUCUCAUUCAACGUUUUGAUCAGCAGCCACAAAUGUCAGUUUUCAUAUUUUGUGGUUGGUUGUAAAAUCUCUUUUUAUCCACAGAUCAGAUACUGUCAUCCUAACAAUAUAAACACAUGUAUACACAUAUUGUUUGCAGUCAGUGAGUGUAAAUUCUGUGUAAUCGUGUUGUUUACGUGCUGUAGUUUAGUUUGAAUUGUGAUGUGUGUUAUAAUAUAAAAUAAAACUGAAUUGUUAUCUGACUGAUUAUAUUUUUCUGUUCUUGUGCUUCUUUUUAAUACAUUAUGCAGAGUGAGGCAGCUUUGUCCAAUUCUUUCAGUGUAACAAUCUCAAUAAAGUGAAAAAUCACA